UCAAUAUAUAUAAGUGAGGCUGAAAUCCAUCUUCAGCAGAUUAUUUCUCUAAUAGCUGGUUUCAGUGAGCUUUGUCCUGUGUAUCCUUCUACAUAGAAGGAUGAAGCUCGCUAUUUUAUUAAUAGCUUUCAUUCAGGUGCUCUGCUGUAGGGCUGGUAGAAAACAGACAGAAGAAACUCCACUGAUUUCUUCUGCUUGCAAUGACCCUGAAGUAGAAAUCGCUGCAGAUUUGUCUAUUGACGAGUUAAAUGAUUUUCGAGAAGACGGCUUUGUCUUGGGGAUAAAGCGCAUUUCCAAUGUGCAGGAACACAAUGAGGAGGGUAAAGGUACGAUAUAUUACCUGACACUGGAUGUGUAUGAAACAGAAUGUCAUGUGCAGAGCAAUGAACACUGGAAGGACUGUGAGCCCAAACAGAGGCAUGAAGCUGUUUCUGGAGAGUGUAGAGUGGUAUUUUACGUUGAUAAACCACAGGAAAUUGCCAACCUGAUCAAAUAUGACUGCAAGUUGACACCAGCUAAUGAACCUUUUCCAUGUCUUGGCUGUCCCAUGACACAUCCAUUGAAUGACACCAGAUUUCACAGUGUUGCAAACGAAGGGCUUAAGAAAUUUAACAAGGACAACAACUUUGACAAUUUUUUUGCUCUUGGGAAUAUCACAAAAGGCACAAUUCAGGUGGUGGCUGGAGCUAUCUACAAGGUGGAAUUUUUAAUUCACGAGUCUAACUGUAACAAAUCCACAUCUUCUGGAAACCCGGACCUCUGCCCACCCUCGGAUUCUGAAUCUGCACAUACUGGCUACUGCAAGAGCAAAGGAAUAGCGCAUUUUAGCAGACCAGCUGACCCAGUUGUGACAGUCACCUGCAAAGUAUUUGAACCCGAGACUGACUCUAGUGAAGAUAAACCUGAUCGUCCUGGAAAACAUCAUCAUGGAAAGAAAGGAGAUCACCAUGGAAAGAAGCAUGGACACUCUCAUCACAAACAUGGUCAUGAACAUGGUCACAAACAUGGACAUAAACAUGGGCAUAAGCAUGGACACAAACAUGGACACAAACAUGGACACAAGCAUGGCCAUAAACAUGAUCAUGACCACAGUGGAAGUCAUGAACAUCACCAGAGGCAUAAUAGCUCUCAAGUGCAUGUGGGAUGUGCUCAGCCACAGUUUCCUUAUGGUAAAAUUACAUAUGUAGCUAUAGAAUCUACAUCUUCUCCCCAGGUUCAAGAGAAAGGGAGAAAAAUUUUCUCAUCUAGAUCCAAUUCACCAGGACAAGGAAGUCCGGUAUCUCCACCAAAUCUUUGUAGACCAACCCAACCAUUUAUCCGCCGUUUUCCUGAGCAGGCCUCCACAUCUGACCAAUGCCCAGGAAAGGACAAGAAUUUCCCACAAGAAGCUGUAUCUCCUUCUGAAGAGCUGGAGACAAGACCAUCAGAUAAGCCAAUAUCCAUUCCUAAGUAACCAUUUACUGCCAUAAUUAUACAACUUCUGGCGUUUCUAGAAACCACUAGCUAGACUAAAUUGGUCACAGGGGGUUCAGUUACUUUUCACAUUUGAAACAGGAACUGCACUCACCAAUCAAAAUAGGGAGAUUACACCAGGGAGAACACUAAUUCCUCUUGAAUUGUAGACAUAAAGAAAAAUAUCAGGGCGCACAUAGCCUCUAGCUUAAAUUGCAGGCUUUACUGAGAUCAAACAGGCAACAUUUUGGCUCAAACAGGAGCCUUCCUUAAGCAAGGAGCUACAGUUAUGAUUGGGCCAUAUCUACUAUAUUGCCUCUGUCCAUUAAACCAUACUAACUGAAGCUUUAGGAGUUUAUUCUAGCUUUAUUUUUUAAGAAAACAGGAAGACAAGCCAAGGCAAGUUGUUUUUUAUAUACCUCAUAAUUAUACUACAGUACAAUAAAAAUGUUAGCUUUAAAAAUGCCAAACAAUAAAUUACACAAAUAGGGGAUGGAGCAAUUAGUCCUUAUUUGCCAGUGUGCAAAUCAUACCAUAACGUCUAACUUUAUUUUUCAUUUAGCCUAAAUGUGCCUACAGGAAUGGUAACUAAUGCACAGAAACAUACCAUACGAGUUGACUCUAUAAGGGUUAUUCAAUAAGUGAU